UGUAAUCCCAGAACUCACUUUCUCUCUCUUGAUUUCUUCAUUUUCCUGUAUUUCUCGCUCUAGAUUCUUUGUAUUCUCCCGGUGAAUAUUUCAAUUUACAGAAAUGGCGCAUAGAGGUUUUGUGGUUAUGGUUACGGUGGCGAUGUUGAUCGUCUCCGCAAUCGCGCAAUCGCCGUCGGCAUCUCCGUCAUUGUCUCCGACUAAAUCGCCGUCUAAGGCUCCGUCCAUUUCUCCGUCUGUCCAGUCGCCGAAAUCCUCUCCUGCUGCAGCGCCUACUCCGACUUCUUUGAAGUCUCCGCCAUCUCCUCCUGCUGCUUCUCCGUCUCUGUCUCCUUCUCCUUCUCCAUCGUCGAUAUCCUCCCCUCCAGCAGACGCUCCGGCUCCGUCUGGUAACUCCGCCGCUUCGAUCUCUCUCUCGAUGUUCGGAUCUGUGGCCGCUGUGCUGUUCGCCAUCGUUUUUAUGAUCUGAGAGCUGUUUGAUUUGAUAUUGAUUAGUUCUCUUGUAUCUGAGUGAUUUACUUCGUAGUUGCUUACUGAGUACAUUAUAUUUCGUUUUUUUUUUUUUUCCUUGUGUGUAUCUUUCACAGUUUGGGAUGGACUCUAUACUAUCUUCUUUCAUUCUUUCGUCUGAUAUAAUUUGUUUCAUUGGUUCUCAGUCAUGUCGAUUAUGUGUUUCUUCUUGUU